CUGGCACAGUUCUACUCACACAGAGUUAGUUCGCUUGCUUGUCUUCCAGACGUUUCUAAGUGUUUAUCUCUGGGAACAGAAGCUCCAGCCUCAAAGCCAAGAUGUGCGACCAGACCUUUUUGGCUAAUGUCUUUGGUCCGUGUGACUACUGCUACAAUGAGCGUCCCCUCCGGGAGAUUUACCGCAAAUCAGAGAAAUUCAACUACUGCUCACUCUGUGUUGAAAUGAUGGCAACCCAGGGGCUGCAGGAGAACGAGACCCUGGCCUCGCUGAAGAACGAGGCCGAGAGCCUGAAGGGCAAGCUGGAGGAGGAGAGAGCCAAGCUGCACGACGUGGAGCUUCAUCAGGUGGCAGAGCGUGUGGAGGCGCUGGGGCAGUUUGUGAUGAAGACUCGGAGAACGCUGAAAGGCCACGGCAAUAAAGUCCUCUGCAUGGACUGGUGCAAAGAUAAAAGAAGAAUCGUCAGCUCUUCCCAGGAUGGAAAAGUGAUUGUUUGGGACGCCUUCACUACCAAUAAGGAACAUGCCGUGACGAUGCCUUGUACCUGGGUAAUGGCCUGUGCCUACGCCCCGUCGGGUUGUGCCAUUGCUUGCGGUGGGCUGGACAACAAGUGUUCUGUGUAUCCGCUGACGUUUGAAAAAAAUGAGAACAUGGCCGCAAAGAAGAAAUCGGUCGCCAUGCACACAAACUACCUGUCAGCUUGCAGCUUCACAAACUCGGACAUGCAGAUCUUGACUGCUAGCGGAGAUGGCACUUGUGCUCUCUGGGAUGUUGAAAGCGGGCAGCUGUUGCAAAGCUUCCAUGGGCACGGGGCUGACGUCCUGUGUCUGCAUCUUGCUCCAUCAGAAACAGGGAACACUUUCGUCUCAGGAGGGUGUGAUAAAAAAGCAAUGGUCUGGGACAUGCGGACUGGCCAGUGCAUCCAGUCGUUUGAAACCCACGAAUCAGAUGUCAACAGCGUCAGGUACUAUCCAAGCGGAGAUGCUUUUGCCUCUGGUUCAGAUGAUGCCACGUGCCGCUUAUAUGACCUCCGUGCGGACAGAGAAGUCGCUAUUUAUUCCAAAGAGAGCAUCAUCUUUGGGGCCUCCAGUGUGGACUUCUCUCUCAGUGGUCGCUUACUUUUUGCGGGCUACAACGACUACACCAUAAAUGUGUGGGAUGUUCUGAAAGGGUCGCGUGUCUCCAUUCUGUUCGGGCAUGAGAAUCGUGUUAGCACUUUGAGAGUUUCAUGUGAUGGGACCGCAUUCUGCUCAGGAUCAUGGGAUCACACACUAAGAAUCUGGGCUUAACCCUCAGCACUGUCUCCAACUAUGCGUUAAAAUUGACAUCAUAGGACACAAAAAUGAAAUCUACAUUUUCAAAAAGAGACAAAAAGCUACAACAAAAAGAAACAGCUUGGAGCAAUCUGGUAGUCAAACAACUGAAUAAUAUUUUGCCAGGGUUAUCCAGUCAUUGCUCAAACACUACUAGUUAGAGAAGGUAAUAAAUACACUUUUGUCAUACAGCGGGCGGGGGGCGGGAUCUGUGUGUGGUAUAGUUAAGUCAUUUUUAAUUCUGUUUUUGAAAUGACUUUUAUUUCUUAGCAAAAUAGUUUAACAAUUCUAAAAAGCCAGACUUCUAUCAAAAUAACCUGUAAAACAGACCUUAGUAUUUUAAUGCACACUAUGUGUAUAGUAUUUUGCAUGAAUUACGUGACUUCUGAAAGUCAACUCAGAAAUAAUACAGAUUCCUACCAUU